AUGUCAGGUUCUUCCCCGGGGCUACUCCCCUUCUCCACGUCCCCAUUACUCACUGUGUGUGCCCAGAACUCGCAGUCCCAACGGAUCCUCUGGCUCCUAGAAGAGCUCGAAAUCCCAUAUAACCUCGAACUGCACCAGCGCGUGGAGCAAAGAUCUCCUCCGGCAUUGAAGCAGACCCACCCCCUGGGCAAGGCACCACAACUAGAGACCGGCGACGGGCGCGUCAUCGUCGAGUCGGUCGUCAUCGCCAAGUACUUGAUCGACACGUACGACAAGGCCGGCAAGUUCAAGGGCGACGGCAGUGCCAAAAACGACACCCUCCGUGACGAGCAGUUGUGCAAUCUCGCGGCCGCGAGCCUGGGGCCCGUCAUGCUCGUGGAUCUGAUCCUCCUGUUCGCCAGUAAGAUGACGCCCUUUUUCGUCCGGUGGCUGAUGGCCUUGGUGCACUCGCAGAUCCGGAACCAGUUCUCCGGGCCCGAGCUGGCCUUGUACUAUCGGUAUCUCGACGACCAGCUCGAGGGGCAGGAUUACUUCUUGGGUGAUACCGCGCCGGCGAGGGCGGACUUUAUCCUGAGUUAUCCGGUUGAUCAAUGCGUUGCGGCUGGCAUGGUGGAUCUCACGAAAUACCCUCGGCUUGAGAAAUGGCAUGCUCGCAUUCAUGAACGGCCUGCGUGGAAGCGAAGUCUGGAAAAGGGCAACGGGUAUGAUUUGGGGUUGAAUUGA